UGUAUGUUUUGCAGUACUCAGAUCCUUCGAUCCUGACUGAACAUACGCACCCUCCUGAUUUGGCCGAGCAAGAAGUGGAAGAGAUGCGGUUGGACAUGAGGCAGCGAGUUACCGACAGCAGAGCAGUUCCUGUUGAUGUGGUCGCGACGGCUCUCCACAACGCCACCGACGAAGCUAAGAUGUCAGCGGGAAAAAUAUCUAGCAUCAAGAGAGACAUCCGUAGGACUAGGGAGAAGAAGUUCCCACCAUUGCCAAAAAGUGUCUCUGACUGGGAAAUCCCUGAUGAGUGGAAGACGACUGGAGGAGCAUCGCCCAAACCUUUCCUUAUCCAUGAUUCUGGCACUGGAUCACCUUCGCGGCUUGUAGUUUUUGGAACUGAAGAACAGUUACAUUUCUUGGCGGGAUCAGAAACAUGGUUUAUGGAUGGUACAUUCAAGAUGUCAUCUAAGCUGUUCCAGCAAGUGUACGUGGUGAGAGGAGAACAAAACACCCAAGUCCGGACAUGCAUUUACGCCCUGAUGACAGGAAAAACCACGGAAAUGUACAAGAGUCUGCUAAAAACUAUUUUGGGAAAACUAGUAGACCUUGGCCAGCUACCCAGACCAAAACAAGUAAUGGUGGAUUUCGAAUCAGCCGCCAUGUCCGCAAUAUCGUCCGUUCUUGGUGACAGAGUAGAGGUUAAGGGAUGUUUUUUUCACCUGUGCCAAAGUACAUGGCGACAUGUUCAGCAGCACGGACUAACGAAAAAAUACAAAGAAAACGAUGAUGUUAAACUCUAUUGUGGCAUGAUCGAUGCCCUGGCAUUCCUUCCGCCCAAGGACGUGAUUGAAGGUAUGGCUUUCUUGUGGGGAUCAUCUCCUUUUGAUCUGUACGAGGUAUUGCAUUACUUUGACGCUACUUAUGUCAGCGGUGUGACAGGAGAACGUCCCAAACCCCCCCUCUUCCCACCAGAAGUUUGGAAUGUCCACAAAGCUACAAUGGAGGGCUCGCACCGUACUAACAACGUUUGCGAAUCCUGGAAUAACAAAUUUAACACGCUCGUUGGCCACCAUCAUCCGACCAUCUGGACCAUCCUGGAGGCCAUUCAAAAGGAUGAAUCCACAGAACGUGCCUACCUGCUCGGAAGCCAACCAGAGGAGACCAGGAAAAAACUACUCUAUUGAAGCACCAGGACAAACUUAAGAGACUCUGCCAAGAAUACACUGCAGGAAACAGAUCGAUGGAAAGCUUCCUCCAGGGAAUCGGGAGAACUAUUAGGUUCCAUUAGAAACUCAUAAAUGUAGUUUUCGUUGUUUGUUUGUAAUUUAUUGUUUUUUAACGUAUUAUUAACUCUUGUUUCCUUGUUCCUAAGUCAUUAGCUUAUGUUUAUGCAUAUUCUUUUCAUAACAGUGUAAGUGUUUUUUCAGUGUAUAUA